GGGGUAUAAUGCCGUAUGCAGUGCCGCCAUUUGCGUUUGUACGCCAAGGGCUUAAGUGCACGGCAGGCACGGCACACGCGGUCGCGUCCCACGCGUAUGCCGUCCGGUCGUUUUCAAAUAUCUUUAUUCACGUGGUCCCGUGAUAUUCCAUUACGAGCUUGCGAUCCGAUCAUUUGUCACUAUCUUUAACCGCCGCGUGUCAAUAUAUACAUAGGUAGGUGGGUGAGCAAGUGACAGAUCGCAAUGACAGAUUCGUACGUAUAUACGCGUGUCUGCUACUGCUGUUGAGUGCGUGAAUGCCGUUGCGUGUGUUCGUCGUGCACAUCGCGCUAUACAUUGGAUUCCUCCUUACCUCUCUUUCCCAUUUUCUCCUCAUUCUCUCUCGCUCACACUAUCUUUUUUCUCUGUCUAUUUUUCUUCUAACCUAAUCUAACUUAACCUAACCCUUCGUGGCUCGAACAAGCGCUCGACAGAAAUUGGGGCGCGAUAGAUUAUCUAUAAACAUCAAGAGGGAAAAUGGAAUCCCAUAUCGACCGCUUGGAAUAAUUCACCGCGUAAUUAAAAAUCAAGUGUUAGGGGAAACCUUUAGGUUUCUUCCUUUAUAUAUAUAUAUAUAUAUAAAUAUAUAUAUGUAUAUACAUAUAUAUAUCUCUCCCUUCUUGUCUGUGCAUCAUCGUUUAAUUGUGUGCCAUGGCCUCCUCUAACCGCGGUAUCCAAAUCGGCUCCGGCUGGUUCCAGACCAAAAUAAAUCUCAGACCGCAGCAUCGGGGCGUUCACCUUGUUACCGAGGAAAUCCUCAGGCAGGUCCCUGAGCUCUGUCAGUUUUCCAUUGGUCUCUGCCAUAUUCAAAUUCUUCACACUUCGGCUAGUUUAGCGUUAAAUGAGAGCUGGGAUCCAGAUGUGAGAGAUGAUAUGGAAAUGAUGCUUAAUAAAAUAGUUCCUGAAGGCUUGGAAUACAGACAUAGCUGUGAAGGGCCUGAUGAUAUGCCGGCACAUGUAAAGGCUUGUUUUUUGGGCUCGUCACUGAGUAUCCCAAUCACAGACGGUAAAUUGGCCCUAGGCACAUGGCAGGGCAUCUGGUUAGGCGAACACCGCGAUCAUGCUGGCAGUCGCAAGCUCGUGGUGACGCUAACUGGUGUUCUAAGGGACUCUGCGCGUAGCCCUCUCAGCCCGGUCAGCCCUAUUGCCUCUACCAGCAGCUAGGACCACUCGCACCCCCAAAGGCGCGGCAAGCGUCAGCUGCGCGUGUCCACCUCGAGUGAAUCAAGCUAGCAGCCACUAUAACCGCUAGUCGACUUAUAAAAGUACAAUCUAUUGAGGAAGAAUGAGUCGGAUACCUCGCAAAUUUAUCCAUCCGCGUCGAUCGUGGACAAAUCGAUACUGAAUCCGCGCACUGUUUAUGAUGACUUCAGCGUGAGUGUAUGGUGUUUUAAGGUUUUGUUCACAUUUCUGAUGUCAUUCUUCAAGGAUAUCAUUUGUUUUGUUCGAGUGGCGAUGAGUCUCUUUAGAGCUAUUGCGAGAGUUCUUUAGACCAGAGAAAUUGAAUAAUGAGAUACGAUAAGCGCUUUUGAGUUCGCGUGUCAAUGUAAUUUGCUCGUUGAAAAGCAACAUUGUAAGGAAACUUUUUGCUUGCAAAAAAUUGCAUUAAAAUUGAAUUAAAAGAU